AUGCGAUUCGGAUUUUAUUAUUUUACAAUAAACAGAGAGAUAGAUGAUGCACUCUGGUUAACAGAAACUAGGUGUUUCGAUAUCAUAAGAGAUAAGAUAAAGUUAGAUGCAAGUGAAGUAAUAGACAAUCAAUAUCCUUUGUUUUAUUGGCCUGCAAGAGCACUUUCUAUCCUAUUGGAAGAGAAACAAUAUGAUAUUAUUCACUCGUUGUUAGACAAUAGGAGUAGAACAUCGUUGAAAUACUGCUUUUUCAAUGCUGAGGUUGUUGAUGCUGCCAUCCGUCACGAUGCACCACUCACUUUGUUAGACAAGAUUGGUCAACACUUUAUAUACUCAAUCACUUACCGUGCUUAUCUGACCGCUGCCGAGAUUGGUCGUGUCGAUGUAUUGCAAUGGAUGCGUACAAAUCGUAAGGAGAUAGAACUACCUUUGUCAACCGCUGAUAUUGCUGCUUCAAAUGGUCGUUUAAAUGUAAUGCGUUAUCUCAAUGAGUGCAAUGCAACCUUUACAAGUAAUACUCUGGAUUGUGCAAUCAAAGCUGGUCAUAGAGUCAUUAUCGAUUAUUUGGUAAACAAUAGAACAGAGGGAAUGAUAUCGGACGAUACUAUUGAUCUUUUGGCAAAGAACAAAGAGUAUCACGAACUGAUAACCAUUUUAAUCAAUAAGAAAGAAUUGAAUGCUAAAUACAGUUUGAAAGCAUUUAGAAGAGCUGUGAAACAUGGAAAUCUAAAGCUAUUAAAGCUAUUGUUUGAGAAUUCCAAUGUUGGCAUUGGAAAUAUACCAGAACAGAUCGAUGUGGCAAUGGUUGAUGCGUUGAAAACUUCAAUUAAAUAUUCAAUAAGAGAAUGUUUUGUUUAUAUCUUGGAGCAAAAUGACCGUUACAAGACGCAGGCAAAACAGUUGGUAAAUGAUUACAAAGUACCGUUCAAGUGUCACUCAACGGAUAGUAACGAGAUAGAGUUCUACAAGUAUCUAAAAUCACAGAGCUAUACGAUGGAUAGAGCGAUAAUGAUGAAUGUCGCAUCGAUUGGUAACGUUAAAUUGAUGGAGAAUGUGCUGAAGGACAUGGGUGGUCCUAUUUUCGACGGUGGAAAUCGACUGGAUAAACAAGAAAUGGAAUGGAUAAUAACUUGGGCAAUAAGAUCUGGAAAUACUGAUAUGGUAUUGUAUUUGUACGAUAGAUUCUCAAAGGAUCAUCUACAAUACAUGGUCAGUGGAAUCAUGUUGGGAAUAUCAAAAGAUGUGACACAGUUUCUGUUCCAAACCUAUAAGGAUUUGACCAAGAGUACAUUCCUUAUGCCGGCUUUCUACUAUGGUUGCCUAGAUAUCGUAAAAUAUUGUUUCAAGAAGACCGGAUAUCAUAGUGAUAAGGUUAACCAUUAUUUACAGCUUGCUGUUGACAAUAACCAAUUCGAGGUAUUUCAAUAUGUGGUGGAGUUGCUCAAUAUCAAGGUUGGAUAUACAUUGUUAGUUGGUACACUUUCAAAGAAAAACUCUUGCAAACUGAUUGAAUUUGCUCACAGGAAUCUGUAUUAUAAAGGACUUGACAUCGUUAUGAUACCGAGAUAUCACACAGCCAUCCAAACCACUUAUUUAAUAGGCAAAGUGAGAUCGGAAAUCAUGGGUACACAUCAAAAGACACAGAAAGAAACCAUAAGCAUCACAGUGUCAUGUAUAAAGAAUCUUACUCAUUUGAAGUUGUUGGGAUCCGAGUGGUUUGGUACGGCUAUUAAUUGUAACGUUCAAAUAGAUGACUUUACAUUCGAUAUAUUGGUUAAAUCAAACCGGUUGGAUGAAAUUGUUUAUCUUUUCGAGGAAAUGAAGCCUCCUGCCGACGAUGUAGUUCAAACAAGUAUGUGGGAAUCCCUCUUUCUUGGGCAUGCAGAGUUGUCAAACUUCAUUAUCGACUAUCUCUUGGCGAAGUAUCAUCCAAUAUUCCCAACAGCGAUCUACAAUGAUCUAAUGAGGAUUGUUAACUCACUUUCAAGUAGCAACGACACCAAACUUCAUCAUCAACUCUAUCAUCAAAUCAAAUCAAGAUUAAGUAGUGAUGACAUUAUAUCCAUUUUAAAUUAG